GGAAUAGAUCUUGAUGCGGCCGAAAAGAUAAUGGACACUUGCAAGUCCUGCGAGUACACAAAAGCCACUCGAAAGCCCAUUGGUAAAGUUUGCGACCCUGUGUAUCGUGAAAGCUUCGGUGACAAAGUCCAUAUGGACUUAUGGGGGCCCUCUCCAGUAAGAACUCCUGGCCACAAAGAAUAUUUCGCGUCAUUUACUGAUGAC